AUGUUGCGAUCAGCUCUUGCACUCACCGCGACCGUUCUAGGCGCCAUCACGCUCGUGAACGCUCACGGAUACGUCCAAGAGGUCACUCUUGAUACUACAGUGCAUUCUGGAUACCUCCCGUAUUCUGAUCCGUACUACCCUACUCCUCCUCAACGCAUUGUCCGCAAGAUUCCCGGAAAUGGUCCGGUAGAGGAUGUCUCCUCCAUUGACGUACAAUGUAAUGGAUGGGCUGCCGGCGGCUUCACCACAGCUCCUGCACCGAUCUACGGCACUAUCGAAGCAGGGAAGCAGGUCAAACUUGACUGGACUACCUGGCCCGACUCCCACGUCGGUCCUAUAAUAACAUACAUGGCGAGAGUGCCAUCAGGAGUCGAUAUCACCGAGUGGAGCCCGGGAACAGCUGCUGUAUGGUUCAAGGUUGCGGAGUCCGGGAAGACCGCUGAUGGCAAAUGGGCCGCUACGGACGGGUUGUAUGCAAAUGAUCACAUUUACACUUUCACCGUCCCAGCAAGGCUUCGUCCUGGCCAAUACCUUAUCCGCCACGAGAUCAUUGCCUUGCACGCUGCCUGGAGCUACCCUGGAGCUCAAGUUUACCCAUCUUGCAUCCAAGUUGAAGUAACUGGUAAUGGCAACGAUCUCCCCACGAACUUGGUCUCGUUCCCCGGCGAAUACACACCAACUACUCCCGGACUUGUAUACGACGUUUACACGAAUACCGGCCCAUACCCAAUCCCCGGUCCCGCUGUCUGGUCAUAA